AUGUCCGACAAUGAUUCUGAUGAGCCCAUCGGACGCCGAAACGCUUCUAUCCGGACGAAAUCACGGUCUUCAGGCUCGAGGAAAAGAGCUAACCUCCCUGCCAGAAGCAAGUCGAAGAGGAAAAUAAUUUCUUCGGAUGAGGAGAGCCUGGAGGAUGCGAUCGUCAAAAAACCUGAGAAGCAUCCAAGCGAUAUGAUCCAUUCAGAACCGACAGUCCCAAUCGAUAUCGUCGAGCCCGCGAAGUUGACAGAGUCAUCGUCCCUUUCACCUAUGCUCGCUGCAUCGCUGGAACCACCGUCGUUUUCACCGUUGCUCAAAGGUCCGCCGUCUCCACGACAUCACAACGAGAGUCUGAAAUGGAAGCAUAAAGUGAAUCUCAUCGGCGAGAAAGUGGUGGACCCAAUGAUUCAUAUUUGCGACAAGUGUCAUCUGCCGAUUCUCAUCUACGCUCGCAUGAUUCCUUGCAAGCACGUUUUCUGCCUGGAGUGUGGCCGAGCCGCUGAUAAAGUCUGUCACAAAUGCAACGAGAAGGUUUCACGGGUGGAGCAAACUACUCUAGGCAAGGUUUUCAUGUGUACACAUCAACAAAGCAAGACGAGGGAGCUCUGUAAGAGAACCUACUUGAGUCAGAGAGAUCUCCAGGCCCACAUCGCUCACCGGCAUGUCAAGUGCAAGGAGAAAGAAAAGACCGCGACCGUGCCGGUGACGAGGGAUCCUCGCAGCGUUCAUCCGCUCCCCGCGGUUCCCCCGACAGCUCUUCAAAGAGUUCCGUCGGUGCCUUCAGUAACAGUCCCCGCGCCGACCAAACCUGUCGUGGCCUUCAAUCCUCCCCCACCGGCUCCGCCGCUCCCGCCUAUUCCCGCGUUAUCCGCACCCGUGCCCCCAGCUGGUCCACCUCCGCCUUACCUCACACCCCCGCCCGUCUAUGCUCCCCAGAUGGUUCCGCCGCCCACGGCGGUCUAUACGGGAGGACAGUAUCCGCCGGUACCCUCGGCGGUUCAUGCAUCCGCGUACGUCCACGGACCUCAUCCCACGGCCUACGGCCAACCCCCACCUCCGCCAACAGCGUAUGCCCCGCAGACCGCUGGAUACGAUGACUUCAGGGGAGCGCCUCCUGUUGCGACACAUUGGCAGCAACGGCCUCCCCAUCCACCGAGAGAUUACAGGGCACCACCUCAAGGCUAUUACAGACAGUGA